AUGAAAAAUUUAGUGGUUUUUGGAACUGAUUCACAUCCAAAAUUAACAGAAGCCAUAUGCGAACAUUUAUGCUUGGAGGUUGGUCGUGCUCAAAUUGGAAAAUUUAGCAAUGGAGAAACCUCUGUAAAAGUCAAACAGUCUGUUCGUGGUUGUGAUGUAUAUAUUAUUAGUCCGGCUUCUGGUCAAGUUAACGACCACUUAAUGGAACUCUUGGUUAUGAUUUCUGCGUGUAAAACCGCCUCCGCUAUAAAGGUGACGGCCGUUUUGCCUGUUUUCCCUUAUAGUCGUCAACCAGACCAAAUUUUCUCUUCUCGAGGUGCUCCUCUUUUAGGAGCUUCUGCUGAAGGCACUAUAGAACCAAAGCGCACUUCUCCGUAUCAAUCAUGGAUUGCUCAAUCAGGAACUUUAGUUGCUGAUUUGUUGAUGUGUGCCGGUGCUGACCACAUCAUUACUAUGGAUCUCCAUGACCCUCAAUUUCAAGGCUUUUUUGACAUUCCCGUCGACAACUUGUUUGGCCGCCCCUUAUUGAAGCACUAUAUAGCUUUGAAUAUUCCUGACUAUCAAAAUGGAGUCUGUAUUUCCCCGGAUGCUGGUGGUGCUAAACGAGCCACUGCUAUAGCUGACUCUUUAGGAUUGGAUUUUGCUUUGAUCCACAAGAACCGUCGUCACGAAUCUGGAAGCUCAUUAAUGCUCGUUGGUGAUGUACAAGACAAAAUAGCAAUUUUAAUUGAUGAUUUAAUUGACACCGCUUCUACUUUGGUGAGUGCCGCCGAAUUUGUUAAAAAGCAUGGAGCUAGCCAAGUAUAUGCUCUUGUUACACAUUGUGUCCUGUCUGGUGAUGCCAUUGAACGUGUCAAACAAUCUUGUAUAGACAAAUUAAUUGUUACCAACACAGCACCUCAAACAAUUGAACCAAGUGACUGUUUCGACAUUAUUGAUGUUUCUCCUACUUUUGCUGAGGCUAUCCGUCGUAUUCACAAUGGCGAGAGUAUUUCCAUUUUGUAUGACCAAAAUAACGUUUGGUUUUAA